UAUUCAAGGUUCUCAAAUGUUGUGUCUUGGGAAUAAAUGAAUGAAGAGGAAGUAUGAUAUAACAAUUCACACGGGCCCAUAGGGAUCGAAACGACGCUGCCAUAGAUGGUGAACAUUCAUUAGUUCUGCACUAGUGGCAAGAAACACAAAAUGUGUGGUUUUCUGUAUACGUAGAUUCUCGUUACAAGCGAAGGAACUAACAAAGUUUCACAGAUUUUGCAGUUUCAACAAAAUAUGACUCUUUGAGUGGACGGUGCACUCAAAGAACACGUAGAGCGUUCCAAUUCCACCCUCCCGCCUCUUCGUCAAAUAUCGGUAUACCCACGAAGACAGAUCUCAGAUUACCUGAUAUUGAGCCCGAGUUUCGUGGGUCAGCAAUUACAAGCCUUUCAGCGGGUUGAAUCCUCACGAAUCCGUCUCGCUCUAACAGAGCGGCAAUGGUCUAGGGAAAUGUGUUCCCUUUGUGGGAACAAGCACACGUUUUAAGCCAGAAAUGUCAUUUCCGACACCCCCACGGUUUGAUAAAACCAUAAUGGAAAGAGCCGACGACGCACUGUUCUCCCUGAUUCUGAGUGAAGCGGUCGGCACACGAUAGCGAUGGACGUGAUUCUUCCGUGCCUUCUCGGUCUCACGGUUGUGCUGCGACAUGGUGAAGUGGUUGCCGGAACUCGAGCAAAUUUAACGGGUCUUCGAGUUGUGGAAGGACGUUACCGUAGCGAAGGGCGAGUCGAGGUCCGCCUGAACGGCCAGAAGUGGUGGGGAUCGUACUGCACCAUCGAUGACCGUGACCUCUUGCACGGUGCAGGACGCGCGCUCUGCCGUCAGCUAGGAUAUCCUGCCUUGUUGGAGGCCAGCAACACCGCGCAGUUCGGGCAGGCCACAGGUCCAAUAUGGCUACAGGAAGUCAACUGUGGAUACACCCUCCACCCCCUACAGGAGUGCUACCUCCAUCGGUGGAUGCCAAGCUGGGGUGGUUGUGAUCAUAUGGACGAUGUUGGCAUCAGGUGCUUCACUGGCAAGGUCCGUUUGGUUGGUGGAAAGCAAGAAAAUGCUGGUAAAGUAGAGCUACAGAUUGGUGACGACGAGUGGGUUUCCGUCGCGCAUGGCAAGGUGCAAGGCCGCGAGCUGGCAUCCGACUUGGUCUGCCGAUACUUGGGCUACCCAUUCGCAAUCGGUGCAACGCCGGAAAAGGCGGACAAUGACACAGGGAGGUUCAUCCAUGCACUCCAAGCGUGCGACUGGGAAACACUGGACAACAGGAGAGCCCUCUUCGACUGUAUUGACGAGUACCUGUUGACACUAUACCAAAACCAGGGAAGGCAGUCUACAGCCCUGUUAGGUGUAGUCUGCGCCACAGAGAAUGAAAUACUACCGAAUACUUCAACUCCAGAAUUUCGGUUGAAUCCACUGGGCACCGGUUUGAAUGAAUCGCGGCAUCUUGGGUUUCUUGAGGGCCGCUACAAUGGCUCCGAGUGGAGGACUAUCUGUGUCCACAAACUCGAUAUGUGUCCGGGGGUAAUCUUUCGAGGUCUCGCCAACCUGGCCUGCCGAGACAUUGGCUAUCCCCGGGCCGAGAAUCGGAGGGAUAUUCGGUAUUCACAGGCUAGCUACAAGGGCACCGGAAAUGAUCUCGUUCUGAGAUACACGUACCUGAGAGAAACACACACCAAUGGGAAGCGAUGGUUAUUUGGACAGAACUCUUGUCAAGACCACGAUUAUAAUCUGAUCUUGGUGGAAUGCGAUACAGGUGUCACAAUGUAUGGGUUAACAGUGUACCCCUGUCCGUCAGAGUCUUGCCAAGGACGCUGCGGAAGCCUUGCGAGUGAGAGGCAAUGUGGCUGCGAUGCGUUAUGUAUGCUGUGUAAUGACUGCUGUUAUGAUUACUAUAAGUGGUGUCCGUCGAACCUAUCUAACGUUUCGAAAGAACUCUGGCUAGCUGCGUCAUCACAUGAGCUGUUGUCUUGUGUCGUUGUUGGGGACAAACGUGCAGUGAUCAUACGCGGAUGUCCUAGGGAAUGGCAAGAUAAGGAGGAGACUCCACCGUGUGUGAAUGAUUCCAGAUUGGUGCAAGUUGCUUAUAGAGAUACAACGUUUGUUCGUAUGUACUGCGCGUUGUGUCUUUACAAGAAUACUGUAAUCAUCAAUACAGUGCUUGCAGAACACCAGAGCUCUGCUGAUAUUUUGAAUAGCGAUAGCAGCGACGAGGAUUAUAACUUCAACUCUAGCGAUACUACACACGCUACACAGGACGAACGGCUUAACUUUACUUACACGAGUUAUGAUGUUGGAAUUGACAAUUGCAGCGCUCCCGACAUCAGGGUGGAGAUCCAGACUGGUUGUCGCGCGUAUUCAGCUCCCAUCGUUGCACCAGAUGGGUUGGUUUAUAAGAAUCCACACUGUGCACACUGUAACGGGAUGCAUCUUUUCGCCUUGGACUACAGCCCUUGUCGAGAUAGCCUCGUUUGUUCUGGUGUAAAAUCAACGCGUCUCUUUACCAGAACGGUACAUAUUUACACUCCAGAAACAUCAAAUGAUUUCAGUUUACUCAGGGAGGCUUACUGCUUCGACAAGCAGUAUGCGUUACUCGUCCAGUCACCCAUCCUGAAUCCUCCUGAAAAGGAACAGAACACUUCAUCACUGCCCCAACCAUCAGGAGUGAUGAUGUGUUAUCUUUUUUUACUCAGUCAGCAAAAUGUCCAGUUGACCUGGCCAUUUUAUUUAGCUGCCAUCAAAGGCAGAGAAGUUUCUGGCUUUGAAAAGGGUGCCUCUGGAGUGAGUACGUCGUAUCUUGGAAAUGUUACCGACUUCGAAGCCUUGCUUGAUGAGAGUGCCUUGGACCAGAUAAAUGGUACAAGGAAAUGGGUCGUGAGGUGCGGUAUUACAAGAGUGGACUUCGUCGAAACCUGCGGGUUGAUCGUUGGUUCCAUCGAGCCGUGUGAAGACUCUCUGUACACGACCAAAGCCGAGAUCUUGACAACCUUUAAUUUCAGUGGAAUCCAGGUCGUUUAUGUCGGUGGGGGGCUUCUAGUUGAAUCAAAAUGGGUGUCCUUCAAUCGGUCAUACCGUUACCAACCAAAGCUCUCAAAAACAUCCGCUAAAGACACUGGUAGGCCUAUAGAAGUGUGUGGUGAACCUUACGUCAACGAAGAAUGUCAAAUACCCCUGACUCAAUCGACGAGGUUGUUGACCAUGGGAGGUGCCCCAGCGGUAGAAUACAAAAGAAAAGUGUUCUUCAAAGACCAUGUCGUGUAUUUGCCUGACGAUCGGAUCCUUAUCUGUGACAUUGUUUUUGCAAAGAGAGACCCACUGCAGACAUUUAAUUGCGUGGCUUUCAGCGUGUCAGCAACAACCAUCUUUGCAACGUUCAUCACUUAUUGUGCUUUCCCAGUCCUAAGGAAUGUUCCAGGUCGCGCCAUCAUGAGCCUGAGUGCUGCAAUGACUGCGGCUCAGUUGCUGACUAUCAUAACUUUUGGAAAAACAGAACCCGAAGCAUUCUGCCUCACCGUGGCUCCAGUAAUGCAUCUCCUGUGGUUGUCAACAUUUACUUGGACCAAUGUCCUCGCUUUCGACCUUGCAAGGACCUUCUCAUCCAAGCAAGCUCGCCGCCCUGGUAGGUACGUCUUCUCAGUCUACAGUUUGUACGGCUGGGGCGUUCCUCUUCUGAUUGUCGCGACAUGUCUUGCCGUCCACUUUGCAGACAGUGGAGGGAUUGAUUUCCGGUAUGGCAUGGGUCCUGGGGAGGACUCCUGCUGGCUGUCUGGAAAACACGCCGUUGUUAUAGCCUUUGUUGCUCCAAUCGCAUGCUGCCUGGUAGCUAACAUCAUCAUGUUUGCCUGGACGGUGCGUAGUGUGCAUGCAUCGCUCGUGGCAGCUGCUCUGGUUCAUACUCGUCAAUCCAAGGCCAAAGAGAAGAUCAGAGAAUUUGGGAUCUAUCUCAAAAUUUCUGGUGUCAUGGGGUUCACGUGGAUCUUCGGUUGCCUUGCCAACCGCAUCAACCAUGAGGUCCUCUGGUACCUCUUCGUCGUCCUCAACUCCCUGCAAGGGGUCUUCAUCUUCCUCUCCUUUGGCUGCAACCGCCGCAUCCGGGACCUCUGGAGGGAGAAACUUGGCUUGAAGCCGCAAAGCGGCACCUCCUCGGACGCAAAAACCAAGAAAUCCUCUGAGAAUGUGCGCGUGAAGAGCUCAGAUCAAAGCGCUUCAAAUGUGUAGAAUGAAUUUAUAUUUUGGUUCUUAUUCAAUGGAUGUGCGGACGGUUAUAAUUAUAUUGGCAUGUAAAAAAACACCAACUGCAUGACGGAGAGGUUGUACAGAUAUAACAGUAACAUAUAUAAAAGAUAAUUUUGCUUACAAACAUCAGAAUUUUCAUGUCCAGUUGAUAUCAAAGUUUUUUCAAUUGCUCAUAAUUCUCUUGUAGAAACCAAAUAUCUUCUCGUAAACUCCAUCUAAAGGGAGAUGAAUACUGACUUUUGUACAGAAAUAAUAUUGAAAAUACAUAUAUUAUAGAUCGUUAUUGAUGGUUCCGGAUCUCAAACACCUCGCCACUUCAAGCCAGCGCAAGUGUGAUUCCACGUUUAUAACAGAGAGAAGUCUGUAACUGGUUGUAUUUUUCAGGGGGAGACCUGGGGGUGCACAUAAAUUUCCAAGAGGCCCUGUAAACAAAUGAACAGUGGCUUGCAUGGAUAGGUUGUGUACGUAUACAACCCAAAAGUUUAAUUUCUGUGGCCUGUAGAUGUUUAAAUAAUUUUAAUUACAAAGAGUGCUAACUUCAACCAAGCAAGUCACAGACAGCUUUACACAAACAUAUAUCGUUAGAUCUCUUAACCUCCGUUUUAAAUUUCUUCUACAAAUGAAUUCAAUCUUUAUUUGAUCCGCUCAGGCAAGGUUAAUAAAAAAAUGCCAUAGUGGAGUUAAUUCUUUGUGGUAAAUUAAUUAUUGUUGCUAAUUCCUUGUCAUUGAAAUUUUCCCAAUCUGGGCACGGAAGCUUGGGGUUCCUUUUAUUUAUAAAGGGUUGCCGUUGGAGUUCCAGCCGGGGCGGAGUGUUGCCUAUCAGGUGCAGUACUCUCCAGGGAAGACAGCACACAGGUUCGGGGAGAUGCUACACUGUAAAACCCAAGCGUUCAACUUUGAAAUGCAGAUCAAACGCAAAUACACCUUUUAAACAUUUUGACACGUUUAUAAAUAAACACGACACGCUCAUAUGCUGAACACACUAUUUUGUUAAUAAACGCCACUUAUAUUUGUGAUAAAAUAACACGGAGGUGUUCAGCAUAUGUUAGGUUUUUAAACACUAUGAAUCGUAAACCUGUUUGUAAUGUGUACACUUUUAUGACACGUUUAUAAAGGGUGCAGUGUUUAUUAACUACACACUGGGUAACAAUGACAUACACGUGUUCAAGUCAUACGCAGUGACGUCAAGAGUGGCAAGCUAACACUUCAAUUUCAUGUAAAUGACAGCAUCUAUUAAUUGAAUUCUACACUGUGAUAUCAACGACUAUUUCUGGUCGCUACGCCUGGCUUAGGACGUCUGUUCACCUAUUGUGCGGCAAUAUUCCUCAACGUUCUCAACCCAGUUAGCUGAAACGGAGAGUCGAACCCUGUACUUCGAUUUCAUGUCUGUGACAAGAUCUACUAAUUGAAUUCUGCAUGGUGAAAUCAAGGACUUUUUUGGUCGUUACGCCUGGGUUAUGACGUCUGUUGUUCUCUAGGAUGACCGGGUUGAAGGGCAGUAUAGGCAGUGUAACAGAAAUGUCGGCUUUCAAUCUGCCCAAAUGCCAACCAGUCGCAACACACGCCAUCGGUGCGAGUUGUUCUGUUUUGUUUCGGUAAAAGGUGGCAACACACAUUUUUUUAUUUGCUCUUUCAACACGCAAAAGCUGACUCCCCAACUCAA